CACAACAGAUAAGGUGGGGAAUCCAUCUCUAAGGUUUCUUGGGAAAUGAAUUUCCAGCCGGCGCUCCUUAAACAUGCCGCGUCUGUAUUUUUCUUCCUAAAUCCUGAUUUAAACCCUAUCUCAGGAAUUUUUGUAUCCAGAUAUCUCUAGCUUCCUCAAAUUUCUAUCUAUCAAUGGCCGAACAAAAUGUAACAAGGUAUCGCAUAGGCUACGCAUUGGAACCAAAGAAAGUGCAGAGUUUCAUUCAAUCCUCGCUUAUUAUUCACGCUAAGAACCGAGGCAUUGAUCUGGUUCCAAUCGAUCUCAGCAAACCCUUAAUCGAUCAAGGUCCAUUCCAUUGCAUCAUCCACAAAUUGUACGGCCCAGAGUGGAGAGAACAAUUGGAAGAAUUCUCUUCCCGAAACCCCGAUGUUAUCAUCGUCGAUCCUCUUGACUUCAUCGACCGGCUUCACAAUCGGAUUUCCAUGCUCCAAGUUGUAAACGAGCUAAAGAUCUGUCAACAAACUGAAAUUUUGUUCGGGAUUCCGAAGCAAGUUUUUGUUGAAAAUCCUGCAUCCUUUUAUGAAUGCAUUGAAACAGAGGGGCUGGAGUUUCCUGUAAUCGCGAAGCCGUUGGUUGCGAAUGGGAGCGCCAAUUCUCAUCAAAUGGCCCUAGUUUUUAAUAAGGAGGGUUUGAAAGGGUUAAAUCCCCCAAUUAUACUUCAGGAGUUUGUGAACCAUGGAGGAGUGAUUUACAAAGUUUAUGUGGCUGGAGAGCAUGUGAAAUUUGUGAAACGGAAGUCCUUGCCUGAUAUUUCGGAGGAGACACUGGGUACUUCGGAGAAUUUGUUGUCAUUCUCGCAGAUAUCGAAUCUGACAGCUCAAGAUCAGAGUGAUGAGAGAGUUGCUAGGCUGAUUGAGGAGGCUAAGAUGCCACCACUGAGUUUUUUGACUGAAGUAGCUAAUGGGUUGAAGAGCGCUUUAAAAUUACACCUUUUUAACUUUGAUGUUAUAAGGGACAGUAGGGUUGGCAAUCGAUAUCUUGUGAUUGAUAUUAAUUACUUCCCAGGGUAUGCAAAGCUGUCCUCAUAUGAGACUAUUUUGACAGAUUUCUUUCUUGAUAUUGUGCAAAGGAAGCAGAGGGUGAACUCGGAUGACGAUUUAUCAGCAUAGGUGUUUUGGAGGCAAAGUGAAACCUUUUCCUUGUUGUAGUGAUGAUAAAAAAUGACAUUGCUUUUGGAUUCAUCUCAGUGUAUGACGGGCUUAAAGCAUUUGAAGUAUAUAAUCGAUGAUUGAUGCUACGAGUCUUGAACGA